AGUCAAGUUUUGGAUUUAGAAGUCUGAACUCUCUGUGGGAUGAGUUUGAGUCAAGUGUUGUGGACUGCGUGGUGUACUGUGAUCCUUCUAGCAUGUCAGCAAGUUGUGUUUCUGUGAAGUGCCAGCAGUGGUAAACAGAGUCCGAUCCCUCACACCUACUGGAUGAACGCCACAGGCUGACUGAUCCUCUCUCCUCUGCUCGCUUCUCACAAACUACAACAUUUCUGGUUUUUAAAGAGGAUUCAAACCAGCAUAACAGCAACAAGACUUUUUGCCAGUUCUACAUAUUUGUCCUUUCAGCCUGUUCUGACCCGAGUGUUCCGCCAUCUCUCUGUGAUCAGUGCCGACAGGUAAUAUGGCUCUGGCAGCGUUAACUUCACAUGAGAAAAUUCCUCUGAGUGGGAGCACGGGCUUCGUUGUCGGCUCAGUAGAAGAGCCUCCACCUCCCCUCCGGAGCUACCUGUGUUUGACUAUUCUCACCUGCUUUUGUCCUGCUUACCCCAUCAACAUCGUGGCCCUGACCUUCUCGAUCAUGUCAAGGAAAAGCUAUGCUCAAGGUGAUUAUGAUGGGUCCAGGCGGCUGGGCAGGAACGCUCUGUACAUCGCUAUUGCCUCCGUCAUCAUAGGCCUCAUCAUCAUUGCCAUCAUCUGCACUGUUCAUUUUACUACUAUGGAUUUUUAGUGUCGUAGACAUGCAGAGAGGGUCAGAGGUGAAACAAAAAUCACACUGGACAUGAAGUUCUUUGGAUGGGCUCAGAUAGUCGUUACACACCAUCUGUCAAAGGAAGACCACAUGGCAGGUCUCUUUGUCACUUCAUCACUUCACAUUUCAUUUCCAUCAGAGACUGUAAAACCUGCUAAUACAAACAUCCUGACAGUAAUUCAUUCAAAUGCUGGUUUGUGUUAAAUAAUCUGAAAGCAAAUGUUGAACCUUUGAAACCCAUACUGCAGGUAUACAUUAACAUCCACUAAUAUAUAGUGUGGCCAUUAAACCUGCUACUUGUCUGAUCUAAUGAGAACAGUUUGGCAAUAAAAUGUGUGUCAGUGU